AUGACUAGCUUCACCGCGGAAGUUCCAGCGGGCCUUCUUCAGCUCACCUGUAAUGACGGAGUGCUGUCCCCGAGCAGCUUCUUCUGCAGGGCCGCUUGCAACCGGGUGCCCACCGUCAACUUCGCUGACCAGCCUCUGCUGGUGCAGUGCGCCGGAACUUUGCACAACCAGACCUGCGAGCUGCCCUGCGUCGGAGGACAUGUGAAGAGCGGGGACUUGGUGUGCAAUGACGGAGUCUUCAGCAAUGCAUCCUGCAUCAAGCUUUGCUAUGAGCCGCCCUUCGUUGCCAAUGCUCUGCCGAUCCUGGGCUGUAGCGGCCGUCCCUCGGGAGCCAUCUGCGAGAUCCAAUGUGCUGAUGGCUUCUCCCCUCCACCAGGACAGUCAAUAGCGGUGUGCUCUGAUGGGAUUUGGUCCGAGGUGCGUUGUUUGCAGAAGUGCCCAGCUCCAACGGCCGUGGAUCAGGCAGUGCAGAGCUGUCUGGAAGGAAGCUCCGUUCCGAGUGGCGGGACCUGCACCCCAGCAUGUCGCGAGGGCUUGGAGCCCAGCGAGGAUGCGCUUUCGUGCACGGAGGGGGUGCUCUCGCCUCCCACGUUCAGCUGCGGGAGGACUUGUGGCACGGUUGGUAGCAUCGCCAAUGCUGUUCCCCAAAGCCUUGAUGCUUGCACGGGUCUGCGCUACGGCAAGGUGUGCAUGCUGCAGUGCCAGAGCGGAUUUCGCGCCACGGCGGACCUCCUUUGCGGGAACCUGGGCUGGCAGCAGCACGUGCAGAUCCGACUCCGGGGGUACGACGCCUUCCAAGUUUCCCAGAGUUUCCUCCUGAGCAACAAGGUCCGUCUGACUCCAGAGUUCACUCUUUCCAUGGAGCUGGCCGUACAAGCGCCCGCUGAGACGGACUUCCUGAGCAUUCUCCACUUCUCAGCGACGGGAAACGGCUGCUGCAACGACGGCGAUCGGCUGCCGGCCAUCUUCCUCGUUCCGGAAACGAUCUCCGCCACCGGGCGAAAGCUUCAAGUCUUCGUUGAUGGCACACCAAGUUGCCUGAUCCAGACACCCCUGGCUCUCGGGGGUUUUCAUCAUCUGGAGGUGAGCAUCCUUGGAGACCUUCUGACAGUGAGAUUGGAUGGCCGUGAAGAGUGCGAACAGGAGGUGCUGGCCCGGAUGGACUUUCCGGUGGCUGAGGCCUAUGCCGGGGGUCCUUGGGAUGCGCCUGCCAGGGUGGAGUUGCGCAACAUCCUCUACUCCCAGGAGAACCUGCCGGCUGUGCUGCCUCGAUGCGAGGAGGUGCGCUGCAGUCUUCCUCUGCCGGCCGUGCCAGGCUCCGACGAGGCUGCAGAAACUGACACCUCGAGCUGUGCCUCAGCCAGGGCUGGCGCAGUCUGCACGGCCGUAGCGUGCCCACCAGGGAGCACGCUGACGGGCCGAUUCCGCUGCGGCACGGACGGCGCGUGGAGGCCCGAGCCUUUCGCGGAUGCUGUGGAGGUCCGUUGCGCAGAGCAGCUGUGCCCCCGAAUUUCUCCAAACACUUCAGGCUAUGCGACUGAGUGCGUGGACCGCGCCGUCGGCUCGACCUGUCCGCUGGCCUGUCCAGCGGGCUACUUGAGCCAAAGUGGAUAUCAAUGCUCAGAGAAUGGGCAGUGGACACCCAUCCCUGGUGCUGCUGCGCCAGACUGCACCCCUGGGCCCUGCGGAGAGCCACCAGCGCUGAGCAAUGCCGUGACACCCGAGGCCUGCCGUGGACUUCCAUCGGGCGGAACUUGUCCAGGUGAAUGCCAGCCGCCAUGGCAGCCGCUGUUCCAGUACCGCUGCCAAGCUCAGCGCUGGGUGGAGGUGCCGUUGUGCAUGCCGCCAGAGAUGCUGGGAAUCAACGGCACAACGGUGGAAACAGUUCCUGCCGUGACUCUGAGCACUUUGUUGGAGCCGAGUGGCGACCUCCGGGUCUUCUAUACCCUGGAGGAUUGGACCUCCCUCGCCGAGGGGUCUCUUCAGCUCUCCCUGCAGCGGUUACUCACACAAGCGGCCCCGGCGACCGCGCCGCUGGCCGUUCACAUCCUCGGGACACUCGCAGAGCAAGACACCAACACGGGCGGGCGGCGCGUGCAGAGUGUGGCGGAGCUGAAGCCGGCGGCAUGGAAGGUGCAGCUGCAGCUCGCGAUCGUUCCAAAUGAGCUGGCAACUGCAGCCGCCUCGCAGGUGCUGGCUGCCCUGGAUCAGCUGCCUGCAGGGCAGCUUGGCGACUCCGUGGUGCAGGCGCUGCCUGCUGUGGCCCGACCGGCAGUGCUUCGAGCUUCGACGACAGCAGCUCGGGAG